UAUUACAUAAAAUUAAAGAAAAAUAUUCAUAGAACAAAUUGUUCAGGACACAUAUCUAGCUGGUUCUCAUUAGUCACCAUCAACAGGAUGAGCUUUAAAAAAUCGUUGCAAGCACGGUGGUUUUGGGCUUCCUUAGACUCCUGUGAAUAAUUGUGGUUGCUUGUUUCCCAUCCACACCCGUGUCGCGCUCUUUGACCUCCACUUCCUCAUUCUUCACAUUUCUCCAUUCGCCAUCUUUUCUCGCUUUGUUCCUUUGCUGUUUUGGUUAGAAAAAGAGCGAGACGGCAAAAAGAGGGCAGGGCUCACGAUCAGAGAACAACGACUUCCACGUAUUGGGCGCAGAAUGGCUGGAGCAUCUGUGCAGAAUACUGUACCACUUACUGAAUCUGAACAGGAAAUAGCAGAUAAAGCAAAGACGGCAGCGAUGCAGAUAGUGGAGGACGCCCUGGAGAAGAAAAUGUAUGGACACCCAGUCAGCUUCCACUAUACCUGCUCAGAACCCCCCAGGGACCCAAAAUUCUACAAAUUCUGCUGCAUACCUACUGAACAGCACCUAAAAGAUUUGCUGAAGAAGAUGGAUGAGGUGAACUUCCUAAAGGACAUAGGUCCAGACACUACUAAUACUAUCGCCUAUGUCUGUGUGCCAGAUGAAACAUGCACAAUCUACCUGUGUCCCGAUUUCUGGACAGCACCUGAUGACCUGCGUGAAGAUUCCCAACCAGGUACCCUCAUACAUGAAGUCUCUCACUUCUUGGGGACCGAAGACAUCUGUUACGACCUCCUGACUGUGGAGCUGUUUGAAGAUCAUGGCACACUGAUGGGGAAGCGGAACCUUGUUGAAGACUUACAGGGAAAUUAUCAGAUCAAGGAAGAUGUAACCCUAAUCAACGCAAAUAGUCUGGAACAUGAAUUUGAGACUGUGAUCAACCAUCAGGAGAAGUACGAUGAAGGAAAAUAUUUGUGCUGCAAUGAAACCAAAAGAAAUUCUGUCUGCAAAUCGCGAUUAACUGAUCAUUACCAUUUGCAUGAAAGAUUUGAGUGCAGAAAAACAGAAAUGGCAGCCAGAAAAGAAACGCUCUGUAACGAGAAAACUCGUGCAAUUGUGCGACUAGCUAAAAUUAAAGGCAGAGCCUGUCAGAGGACAGUCAUCUGUGCAGCCUCAGAAUAAAGAUGAGCAUGGACAGAUGAAGACAUGAAGAUCAUUCAGCAGAAAUCGGAAACAGAACACACUUUCCUCAACUUAGACCACAUCAGAAAUUUUUAAAGGAUGUAGUAAAUUUCACAAAACAUCCUUACUUUCAUGUUGGGUAUCUUUUAUGUUUCUGUGCAAGACUCAUUGCUGACCGUACAUCUUUAUUCCUUUUAGGCGUGGCUUGGGGGGGGGGGUGACAUGCUAAUUUUGCAUUUCAAAUAGCUUAAUUUAUUUUGAAAACACAAGCAUCCAGCCCAGUCUAGAAUUUACUAUACAGCACAAUUCAGAGGACAUAUCGGGCUGCAUAUCUCUACAUGGCAAGACACCUAUUUACACUGAUCAGAUUAUCAAUAUCCUUUUAUAAUAACAGCACAUCUUUGAAGGUGGGUGUGAAAAAAUCACUUCUAUAAGCAUGGCGAUGAGACCUAUGUGAGGGGCCAGUCUCACCACUUCCUACACGGGGAACAAACUGGAUUACCCAGAAUCCCUGGCGAGGGUGGGGUCAAGCCAUCUAUACCGGUACUAUAACGUCUGCGGAACUACCACAUAAACCCAUUUAUCUCAUUUACCUUGUUUAAUGUGUGUCUAUAUGGUUCACAAUACACUGUGAGCAUUAAAUGCCAUAGAAAGGAAAUCUGCUUUUCAAGAACUUGCAUGGGAUCAGUCAUUAUGUUUGUGAAUGAUCCUUUCAUGCCAUUUUUACAGAAGAUUGCUAAGAAGCUCAACAGUGUAAAACUACAUAUGUGGAGCAUAUUUAAAGCGCAUGCAUCAGUAUACCAGUGCAAAUAAAGGUUUCUAUAUAUACAUUAUACAAUUAUAUUUAAAGUGCAUGCAAUAGUAUACAGUACCAGUGCAAAUAUAAGUUUCUAUAUAAACAAUUAUACUCUAAACGCAUGCAUCAGUAUACCAAUGCAAAUAUAAGUAUCUAUAUAUAGAAUUAUAUUUAAAGUAUUGAUUCUGCAUAGAAGUUAGGCUCAUAAACACACACCUUGCAUUAAAGGCAAUUCUUGACCAUAUUUACGGGGAUGCAGACGCUGUAUUUUUUUUUUAUCUCAGCCUCCCUGAAAAAUUACAAUCCCAAAUUUUUUAGGAUUUAAAGUGGCAACCGUGCUGGGGGCCGCAUCCCCCUGAAGUGCAUUGUAUGUAUCCUUUUUCUUCUGUCCCAUCUUACUAUGAUAUAAAUUAUAAUACAUACUGUAUGUGUACUAACUAGUGAGUGUGCCUUAUGUAACUGAGAAAUGCUGAAUUAUAAUUUACUGUCUUAAAGAGAAUAUGAUCUAGCCCCCAUUUUAGAUUUGAUCUAGAUUGGUGUUUAUUUUUUAUAAAUUGCUAAACAAAAUUUAACUGCAAUUAAAUUGCAAGCAGCAAUAUUUGUAUUAACUUAUGUCACUUGCUAAGGUUGUAUUGGAUUCUGCAUAUUGUGUUUUUAAAUGCAUGCUAUUUCAUACAUUCUGUCUAGUUAUACUGUAUAGUCACAUAUGGACUAUUUCGUCAUAUGCUACCUGUAUUGUUUUAUGUAACUGUGUGUAGUUGAACGAGUAAGCAUUCCUAUGCACCUAUUGCUCAUGGCCAAUAAAGUAUCUGGAAUUCUAAACA